CAGUCGACACAUUUUACAUGCAAAUUUGAGAUAUGAGUGCCUCAGUAAGGGGUUGAAGGGUUAAAUUUCAUAUGCAGCUCCAGCCAACCGCCUCCUCGAGCGCUCAUCGGCGAUUACCGGAGCGCGAGGGGAGGCGCAUAUAUUCCGCAGAUCAGACGUGCAUGAGACAGCAUUCAGUGCACGAACUUUAGAGAACAAGACCAACUCUGAGCUCUUUCCUUUUGCUUUAUUCAUGGAUACUAACCUGGGAUUGUACUUCCACUGCAUCACGGCAUACUUCAUGAAGAUCCAGUGCUGAGUUCUAUAUGAGGUGCAUUGUCUCACUUCUAAACAUCUGUGAAGCAUUUCUCUUUUGAGUUUUAAUCUAUAUAUACUGACCUAGGCAAUGCAAAAGUGUUUCUGUCUUUGGAUUGUUCAGGCUUGGACAGCCAUGACGACCUUUUGCAAGUUAAAUCACAUUUGAGAUUCAAUAAAGGGCGCAUUUGGACCAGUACCAGCACCUGGAGUACCAGGGCAGUUUGGAUUCUCCUCUGUAGACUUGAGCUGGUGCUUCGGGUCAUUUAAAGGGAGAUCUCUUCAAGGUGGAAAAUUGACAUUGGAAGGAGAUGAGAACCUUAUUCUGCUGCUUUCUGCUCCUCACCUCGCACCUUCUGCUGGCAACUGCUGAGAAGGAGUUUGCGAUCCCUCAAGAUUUCAUCGACAGACUGUCCCACAGCGAAAUCAACAGCAUCAGCGACCUCCAGCGGCUACUGGAGGUAAAUUCCCCAGGUCCUGGAAAUGAGGUGAUUGAGGAGGUCAAACAGAAGCAGCAUCAGAAGAGCCAUCACUCAUACAAGGCCGCUUCCUCAGAUCUCAAGAGUCUGCAGCUGUCCCACAGACGGAAGAGGAGUGUCGUAGAGGAAGCGGUGCCCGCCAUGUGCAAGACACGGACAGUGAUCUACGAGAUCCCCCGCAGUCAAGUGGAUCCCACCACUGCAAACUUCCUAAUAUGGCCUCCGUGUGUGGAGGUGAAACGCUGUACAGGCUGCUGCAACACCGGAAACAUGCGCUGUCACCCCUCCAAAAAACAGCACCGUACUGUCAAGGUGGCGAAGGUAGAGUUUGCAUCGCGUAAGAAAGCAAAAUUGAAGGAGGUGCUUGUCCGGUUAGAGGAUCAUUUGGAAUGCGUGUGCACAUCACAGCAUCACGUGAUCGAGCACACGGAAGCAGACACAGGCCCACGCACAGUUAAAAAUGGUAAAAAACGGAAACACAGAAAGCAAGCAGUGGCAGCACAGAUCAACAAGGAUAUUCAAUAAAAGGCAAACAUUUCCUAAUACUCAGCGGACCAAAAUAUUCUGCAGUGGACAUGAGGUGAAACCACAUCAAACGAGCAAUUGAAGGACAACAGUGGCUACGUAAUGCUCCAGCAGCACUGGGACUUUGACCUCUGAACUCUGACCCUACUGACCCCAUUGCUGUUCAAAAAAGAUACCGUAUCCAGAGGAACAUUAUACACAAAUACAACACCAAAGGUGCUUUCUACGUACUCUGUCAAACACUGAAGACAAACAAGAUUGGUAUUCAGUUAAUUAUUAAGUGGUCAAACACUGGGCGGAAACGAAACUGAAAAGGACGAUGUUUGUGUCAAUUCUCUGUUGUUUAUUGCGUACGACUCUCUUAAAGGUCAAAGAUGAGGAGAAAGUCUUUUGGAGAACACUACGUUUGUAGACCAUGAACUUCACAUGCUUGGGUUUGGAUCCGCUCAAGCAGGAUUCUAGGACUCCAGUCAUUCAAAAAGAGGAUUAACAUUAAAGGAUGUGCUGUCAUAUAACCUUGCUAAAACGGAAGAUGCAAUUUUCAGUUGUUUUCUGCCUUAGUCCUCUUGGAUCCAGAACAUUGAAACUGCUAUUUCCAAUGUGCCUCUAGAAAGUUUUGGCCUUCCGAAGACUUCAACUGCCUGUCCGUGAACAAAGACUUACAGAAGGCAGUGUAAUGCAGUCAUUAUGCCAGAAUAAAGUAUUUAUGUAUGCGAUCUCUCUUUCUCACACUCUUCGUUUCUCAGUCCAAUGUAAGAAGAGCUCAUCUUCAUUGAUCUGGAAGUAUUAUCAGUAACAUUUUUCUCAAUAUUUCAGUUCAUUCUUGCUUAUAUUUUACAGCAAAAAUACUAGGUUUUUGUCCUGGAAAUAUGUGUCAUAUAAAGACAUGUGGAAAGAUGCUUUAUUUUUGUUAAAAAUAUAUUUAUAAUGCUAAUGUAGAAUCAAGCAGGAAGUAUGUUUAUGUAUUGUGCUUCUGUUUUUGUGGUGUAAUGGUUGUAUGAUGGGAUAAGAUGGCCCAUUGAGAGUAAAUGCUAUACAGUAUCAACAGGUUGGCCAUGACACAAGCAUCAUUAGUCAUAAGAUGUUGGUUCAUAAUUUGCUUCUUUACUCACCGUAACAUAAUAUUUAAUGCUGACAUACAAAGAGAGAAAAAGAUAAUUAAAAUAGUCAAUAAACACUUACCUUAGGUAUGAAGCUUUGUUAUAAAUAAAGAUAUCAAAACUAAUGAAGAGCACAUUUUUAUCAUAUUCACACACAGAAGACAUCAGAAAUUGUAGAUCCUGUUCAUUUGAUUCCUAAAGGAUACACGCACUUACCUUCAGGCCUUGAAUUUUAAAUGACCUUAAACUGAGUUUUUCUGCUGGGGAAAAGGACAUAAACUGUUUAAGAAAAACCUGAUUGCCACAUCUAGAUUUUUGCCCAAGACCCUGUUUUUGUUUUGAUGUCAACAUGGAGAAAUCUUUUAAUAUCCUGAAUGUCGUUUUCUUGCAUAUUGUUGUGCAUGUAAAUAAACUCAAUGUUUCUAGGGUGGCGAAAUGUUAAAUGGUGUUUAAAGGGACCUUCUGCGCAAUCAGCACUCUAAACGACGAGUUUGUGCAUUGAAAUCUCUGAGGGCUGUAUUUAUGACAUUUACAGUCUGUUGCAAAAGUGCUCAAGCAAGAGCUUUCAUGUUGUUCCAGGCCUGUUGUUGACUCUGGCUCGAGUCGUGUCUUGCUGCAGGGACUCCACUGGUUCUUGUCAUUUUUGACACAUGCCAGACAGAUGGAGCAGUCCUGGCAUUGGCUUUACAACAGAAUUCGGCACUUUGUCACACUCCUGACCCCCAAGUGGCAUGUCUGGCCAUCUAAAGAGCACCUGGAGGUCUGAAUCACUGUGAAUCACAGCAACAAACUGUGGAGACG